UGCGUAACUGAUAAGAUAAAGAUGCUAGAAAUUGUAUGAAUGGACAGCUAGAACUUACAUCGUAGCCAUAAGCGUUAAAUUUAUCAAAUGUAGUAUAUGUAGUAUAGUAAAACUUACUCUGUAUAAUCAUUUAUUCAAUGCUCAUCGCAAAUGCGCAGGUCUUUAACAGCAAUAACCAAAUUAAACGAAAAAACCGAAAUCGGUUAAUAGCUUUUCUGGCUUAAACUGGCUCUAACCGCUUUUACUAAAAAAGAUACAUAUUUAUUUCCUGAGUUUUAAUCAGUUGUGCACGCGAAAUUUUUUAUAUUAUCAUGAUUUUAGUUAGGCUUGAUUUGAUAGUCCUUGAAAAAUUAUUACAUUUAAUAAGCGUAUUUUCCAACUUCCUGGCACUACACUGCUCAGUACAGUCUCAAUGGAAAUUUCAAGAUAAUGCUUAUGAAGAAACCCAGGAAAAAGUUUAUAUCUUAUUGAAGAAUUUUUGGUUUGUUAGAAUCGUUUGUAGCGCCAUGUACCAUGUACCUAAAAUUACAAAUGUACAUAUAAAUAGUUUUAGAGCUACUACACAUUUCUUGAAUACUUACAUUUUUCUUAUCGGAAUGAAUAACGAUUUCAACAUAUUAUUUCCUGCAUAAGAUAUAUAUACUAACACUUUGUGUGAAUUUUAAUACAGGGCAGUAAAUUCAUUGCCCUGGCUGACUAUACUGCUAUGGGACACUCGGAAGUUUCGAUGCGUGAAGGUGAAACUGUCGAGCUGCUUAAGGUGGGCUGUGCCGGAUGGUGGUAUGUUCGAAUCUUAGAUGCCAAUUCAGAAGGCUGGACCCCAGCCGCGUAUCUGGAAUCAAUCAAUCGAAAAUCUUCACGAUCAUCGAGUCGCAAUCAGGAGCGAAUAAAUUUUGGAUAAUUUUAUAUUCCUUUCUACUAGCACAAUGCUUUUUAGUCGUUUUGCUUUAGCCAAAACCAGAUUCAUCGUGUUCUAUAGAUGCAAGAAUUUUUGUUUCCGAGGCACGUAACAUUUUUGUAGUUAUACGAGAACACAGCUAAUCUCAUUUUACCAAUAUAACAGAACCUUCCAAUAUUUUGGUGCCGCCUAUUUAUUAUUUUCGUUAAAUAUAACAGGACGAGUAUACAUAUUUACAUAUAUAAAUAUUUAUAUCUGUUCAAAAUCACUGCGGGUAAACGGACAAGCUUAAAAUGAUUUUGCUUGAGCCAAUUCGAAUAGGAUAAGUUUUUGCUCUCUAGUUUGUAGACAUCUAUUUAAGCAGUAGAAACCAAUAUAAGAACUAGCUUAAGUAAAUACAUAAAUAUUUCUAAACUUUGCGGACUAUUGAAAUUAUUGUUGAUAUAAAAACAUAUUCGUAUUGCAAUUAAAAAAUAUUCUCCUAUGUAAUGGAUUCUAUUAUAUUUUAGCUUAAAACUAACAUAAUAUGUCAUUGUUAAUAAAUCGAAUC